AUGAAGUUCUCCACCGUCGCCACCAUCGUCGUCCUCUCUCUCGCCGGCUUCAGCGGCGCAAUGCCUGCCCGCGGAGAGAACGCACCAGCAGUCCGCGCAGAAAACGCGCGUGAAAUCCACCCAACACCCGCGACUGCAUCACCAACCACGCCAGAGACGAACGCCCAGCGCUUGUCUCGCGGCCUCCCACCCUUGAAGCCGCGGUCUAUGGGCGCAACUCACACCGAAGUAAAGCGCCAGGGACCUUCUGGCAUGCGCCGCCGCGCGCCCGUUCGCGCCAACCUCAACUCCAAGCGCGACCGCUACGCAGGCGUGUAUGGCGCAUGA